GAUUAGCAAGAUAAAUUAUAUUAAGUAAAUGCGCAUAAUAUCUUCAUUCAAUAAAGUAUAGUUUAUUAUACCAAAUCAUGGAGAUUGAGAUUUUAAGCAACGUCGGUUCGAAGCCGCUGGGAAAAAUUCAAGUGCCCGCAGAUGCCACCAUCAAACUUGUGAAAGAAAAAGUUCAUCAGUCAGUGAAGAAGUCAUUAUAUCCCAGCCGCCAAGCUAUAACUCUUGAAGCCAAAGGCAAAUCGCUGAAGGAAGAACAAUCACUUAAAGAAUUAAAUAUUCAAAAUGGUGCCAAGCUUUAUGUCAGAGAUCUGGGUCCACAAAUCUCAUGGAAGGGGGUAUUCUUGGCAGAAUAUGCAGGCCCAUUCUUCGUGUACCUUUGGGUUUACCAGAGGCCCUGGAUUCUCUAUGGAACUCCCACAGAAGGUCCCUCUACUGUUGCCAGCGUUGCUGCCAUAUGCUGGUCAAUCCACUAUGCCAAAAGAUUGCUGGAAACCCUGUUUGUGCACCGUUUCUCUCACGGCACCAUGCCACUGAGGAACUUGUUCAAGAACUGCUCCUACUACUGGCUGUUCACCCUGUAUGUGGCAUACCAUAUCAACCACCCUCUGUACACACCACCCUGCACUAACUGCUUCUACAUAGGGCUUGCUGGCUUUGCUUUCUGCGAGCUAGGCAACUUGAGCAUCCACAUCUUGUUGAAGAACCUGCGCCCUCCGGGCACUAAAGUGAGGCGCAUCCCCGUGCCCGAUGGCAACCCCUUCACCGCGCUCUUCAACUACGUGUCCUGCCCGAACUACACGUACGAAGUCGGCUCCUGGGUGUUCUUUAGCGUCAUGACACAGUGUGCACCCGCUGGCUUGUUCGCCGCGGUCGGCUUCUACCAGAUGGCGGUGUGGGCGCUCGGCAAACACCGCAACUACAAGAAGGAGUUCCCCGACUACCCCAAGAGCCGUAAAGCAAUCAUUCCAUUCAUUCUAUAAACAAAUGCAUUUAUCGACGUCUGACGUCUAAUAUCUUCCAAGUAGUAUUGUCGUAAAAGUUUGAGAGCUAUCGCAUAUGGCGUAAUUUUCCAGCGAUAAAGCUACAUUUUUCUGGAAGGAUCAAAAAGUUGCAAAU